CUCUUCGGCCGCCACCUUCUUCUCCAAGAAAAAGGCGUUCAUAAAUUCAAAGAAUCGUCUAGACAAAAAAAAAAAAAAAGAGUGAGAAUAUUCAAGAAAAUCGAUCAAAAUUCAGAAGGUAUCGCGAGAUCGAGAUCGCAAUCAAAAGAGAGUUGAAGAGAGAUGGUACUAUGGGAAUUGACGCUUGCAACCGCUUAUUUUCUAGGGCUUAGGAGAACCUAUCGACUCGCUCUCAGGAUCCAGAAGCGCGUGAUCGGCCCAAAACACCCUAAGAUCCGCCAAUUCGUUCAUAGGAGAGUCCGCAGCGUUUUUGAUAUGGCAGUUAGAGUCCACAAAAACAUACAAGAGAGAGAUAUAGAAGUGGGUCGAAACCUUGGGAACCGAAUCCUCCGGUGGCUAGACAAAAUGAAACCAUCUGCAGAGAUUCGACGUUCUCCUACAAACCCAUCCUCCAAAAUCAACAACAGCAACAUCAUCAAACAAACACCAAACACCGCUCAGCAAACCCAUAGGGUGAACUCGAAGCUCAGCGAACAAAAGCCCAAAGGGAAGUUGUUCUUUAGUCCUCUGAACAUCAGACAGAGAUCGUUCCCUUCUAUCGCUGUGAUGAUGCAGCCGAUGAGAUCAGCUGGAAUGAAUGGACACUACAGGCAAUUUUCACAGUUCACACCGGCUGCUCCUGCUUUAGGGUAUAGAAUCGGUAAAUCAGAAGGUGGUGUUUUUCGCAAGGAUAUUGCUAUGUUGAUGAUGAGUUCAUGAUGAGGAAUUGAUGGGCGCUAGGAGUGUUGAUUACCCUUUUUUUUUUUUUUCUCGGGCAUUGCUGGGGCUUUGGGCUUUAGUCAUUGUAAAUCAUUUGAUAGAAUAAAGAACAUCUUGUGGUGAAACACUUGUUGACGGUUCCAGCAGUGUGUCUGUUGUGAGGUUCUUGGCAAGUUAUGUGAUGAAAUUUUUAAUCUUGAAAUCCGUUGGCUAGGCGCUCUCUGUAAUAACCGUUGAAUUACGAGUCAGGAACCAAUUUCGUUAAUCAUCAUCCUGUAUAAUUCCUUUCCAGCAUUCUAGUGAAAAUUUCUUGUAGAA